UUCCGCACCAUUCAAAUUUCACAGAGAUUUCAGUUUCUCAUUUUCACCUCUGCAUCUUUAAUUUCAUUGACUUCCCUCAAAAAGGUAACUGAAAAUGGCGGACGGAGCUCAGUAUCACGAAACCAAGGAUACUGAAUCUGGAGCACCGGUUGAGACCACCGACCGUGGACUGUUCGAUUUCGCGGGGAAGAAGAAGGACGAAGACGCGGCUAUAGCGUCCGAAUUCUCGGAGAAAGUUCAAGUCAGUGAAGAGAAGGAGAAGAAGGAGGAGAAGCUUCACAGGAGCAGCAGCUCUAGUAGCUCGUCGAGCGACGAGGAACAAGUGGAGGAAGGCGGAGAAAAGAAGAAGAAAAAGAAGAAAAGCUUAAAGGACAAGCUAAAGGAAGAAGAUACUUCAAUACCGAUCCAGAAGUCCGACGAUGUUCCUGCAACCGUCGAAACAGGGGAGAAGAAAGGCUUCCUGGACAAGAUCAAGGAGAAACUUCCAGGAGGAAAGAAGACUGAGGAAGCAGCGUCGCCUCCGCCUCCGCCUCCGACUGCGGAGGAAAACGCCACCAAUCCGGAGACAACUGAGGGCGAGAAGAAAGGCUUCCUGGAGAAGAUAAAGGACAAACUCCCCGGAUUCCAUUCCACCACCAAAACCGACGUAGAGAAGAAGGAAAAGGAAAAGGAAGAAAUUUAAAAACAAUAUUAUUCAAAUGUUUGUAUGAUUUAUUUCAAUAUCAUUAUUAGUGUCGUACACCAAACUUUAAUUGUGCUAUGGCCUGUGUUAUUUUGUGGCUUGGCUUGAUUUCGUUUGCUUGCCUAUCGUAUAUUCAGUUUUCUGUUUUUGUAAUUUGGGGUCUUCUGUAAUUACGUUGAAUACAUGUACUUGUGUAUAAAUUUGUGCAUAAUAUACCAUAAGUACUACAUCGAGUGUGUACUUUGUUUAUCAA